AUGGGAAGACUAUGCGUCUCGGACUCGGAAGCCCUCGUCCUCCUCCAAUCACUCCCUCACGUCCCCCAGCCGGUGCACAUCCGCCGCAGCAGCCAAGGCGGCGAACACCUCGUCUGGACUGUAAACGACGCCCUCGUCCUCCGAAUUCCAGCCGAUCAAAGCAACGCGGAGCCAUUGCUCCGAGAAAGGAGACUGCUUGACCUGCUUCGGAGAAAUGACAAAAUCGCACCUGUUGUCCCGCCGUGUAUUGACGUCGGGGUUUGGAACCCCCACGGCUGGCAGUACGCUUUGUACCACAAGGCGACGGGUGUGUCUGUGGAAUCGGACCCCCAGGCAGUGACGAAUGCCACUGAAGACGAUUUGGUAGAGUUACUGGUCGGCCUGCGAGGCGUGGGUGUUGGUGAUGCCCUGGGUGUUGGUGUUCCGGAGGGCGACGAGGUGGAUUUCGAGAAACUGCGCGGUAAUGCGAGGGCGGCUUUGGACGUUUUACAAAAGAGUCAACAGCUGAUGGAGUUGGGCGAGGUCGUUUCGCUGGAGAAGCUCGACGCCCCUUGGUUUGUUCGGCUUGGCGGCAGCAUGAGGAGGGUGCUCAGCCAUGCAGACCUCAAGGGGGAGCAUGUGUUUCUUGACGCGGCUGGUCGGGUUACGGGCGUGAUUGACUGGAGCGACGCCCAGGUCGGCUGUCCGUCGGUUGAGGUUGCCGGGCUAGCGGUGGCUGUCGGUGCCAGGAUGGCAGCCCGGGUAGCGAAGAGGGCGGGAUACGAGGCGGAUAUUGUGUGCAAGGGCGUCAUCAUGGCCCGGUGUAACGGUGUUGUGUGCUUGGAGGCCAUCUUGCGGGGGGCCGAUGACAGCCCGGAGUGCUUGGUGAGGAGGCAACUGGGGAGAGCAUUUGAAGAGCUUGACGCUUGA